AUGUUCGAAAGGGAGGAGAAGCCAAUGGUUAUGAUCAAGUGUGGAAAAGUUGGCCAGACCCGGACGUUCACCAUUCUCAAGCCAAUCUUGAUCAAGCACUCCAAGUUUUUCGACAAAUGCCUUCGAAACCCGUGCAAAGAGUCAGAAUCUUUGACCAUCGAGUUUCCUGAAGUCCGCCCCAGCAUCAUGAUGCUGUAUCUCACCCUUGCCACACGGCAAGCGCUCAUCAACCCCAACUCAGAGAACAAGAAACCUCUUGUAGAGCCUAACGACUUCAAGUUGCCGACUGGGAUUUCGAGCCAUAUACAAUUUUACCAGCUUUGCGACUACCUCCAGAAUCAUGAGCUUGCAACGAGUGUUCAGAAGAUGAUACUUGACUAUCUCAAUCUUCCAGAAGACCUCGACGACGAAACGGAAGCUCCCGCGAUGUUCUCGAUUUAUGGAAGAAGUUUCGAUCUUCUCGAGCCAGGUCACAUUGUCCAAGCCAAAAUUCGUCGGGCUUUGGUCAAAAGUUUCUGUCUUUUUGUCAACGUAUCCAUGUACUUCAAGCGCUGCUCGGAUAUGCAAAACCAUCCCGACUUUCUUAUGGAGAUCAGCAAGCAGUACGUUCUUAAUGCCAUGUGGAGCAACCCUGCCCAGAGAAGUGCAGCCAUGAAGAUCAAGACGCAGCGCAUGCUCGUCGAUGACGAGUCAGAGCCGGAGGCGGAGGAUUAG